GCGGACACAGUAGAUCGCAAGGUCGCGUGCAAUUAGCGUGUGCAGGAAGGGCAAAGUGACCGUGGGUCUGUGUCUGAAUCUGGACCACAGGAGGUCGGUGUGAUCCACAAUGGCGUCGGGACAUUUGACCGCGAGCGCGAGCGUUUCCAAGCCAGUACACUGCUGCAACGCAUCUAAAGUGCCGUUGAAGUAGUGGACGAGGUUAUAGUGCGUUAUAGACAAGGAACGCAGGGAGGCCCACGGACACGCGACAUACGCCAGGGGCCAGUCGACCAAAUCUAGGGCCUGCAAUUUGAUUGCGUUGGACGGUAUGGCCAUCAGAAAGCAAUUCUCCUCCUCGAAGUGGCCCAGGGCGAUUUCUUCCACCGCUGGAAGGGAGUCUGGGAGUACAGCACCGUGCCCGCAACGAAGAUGCAGGACGCGAAUGCGAUGCAACUGCGGCUUCAGGGCUGCCAGGACUUCAGUAAGCUUGAGGUUCGGUCUGAGCUGGGUCAUGGUGUCCGCGCGCGGCCAUAUCCUGACCACGAGUGGCAGGCCGGCCGAGCGUUGCAGAUGCGUGCUAAUGAUGUCUACCGCUUUGUCCGUCUUCAUGAUUCUCAUCAGCUCUGCGAGCGUGAACUCUGCCCAGCAGUGAUGCAUGGACAGCGCUACCUCGCGCCAAGCAUGGCAUAGCUGCAGCACCUUCCACGGCCCGCGCCUUGUCACGCACUCGGUAAACCAGCCAGUCGGAAGGCUGAACGCGCAAAUUCGAGCAACGAGUUCGGGAGGAAGGCGGCGUAUGGGCGCGAGGAGCGCGCUCGCGUUGCGCACGCCCAGUUCCAGAUCAGCUCGCCGUUCGCGAAGCGCGGCUAUCCUGGCUUCCAAGCGCGUGAGCUCUUGACCGCAGCUUUCCACCUCCGCUUUGGCUUCGAGCAUGUUACUCUCCAAGAUACGCGCUUCCUGAGAUGUGAUGGCGCAUCCAGAACGAAGGAGGUUCAGCGUGUCCGUUGAGUACGUGGAGGGCAGCUCCCUCGCGGCCGCGCAUGAGGGGGGAGUCGUGGGCUCCAUGACGGGGUGAGGGAUGCUGAGAUCUGGUGUAUUGUGGCGGGUCACCG